AUGCGGACAGACCGACAUAGUGACACAGAAUGUGAGAUGGGAAUACGCGAAGAUGGUGCGAAAUAUUGGAGACCGACAACACAAAAUGAGAAGACACCGUACAAAGGACAACAAUUCGAAACAGUAGACACCGGGAUUGAUUUCUACGUGGAAUACGCUAAAGAGGCAGGAUUUGAUGUUAGGAACGGCACAAAGCGUAGAAAUCGGAAGGGGGAAGUGUCAAUCAAAUACUUGUUGUGCUCAGGAGAGGGUUACAAAGCUAAAACAAAAGAAUCCCAAAAUAGCACAAAAGAACGAAAGAGGCGGAGGAGAACGUCCAACAGGAUAGGAUGUAAGGCGCGUAUGGUAAUGACAAAGCGUGACACAGGCGGAUACAAAGUCCAUGCAAUUGAGCUGCGACAUACGCACUGUCUAUGCUCAGACACGGGCAAACCUUUUUUAAAGAUAAAUAGGCAACUCGACAACGGCCACAAAACCUUUUUGGCUCAUUGUGCAAAGGCAAACAUAAGUCCUACAAAAGCGUUCGGACUAUUCAAAGAGAUGGUGGGAAGCUUUACAGAUAUAGGAGCAACAUGCAUUGAGUUCUGCAAUUUUAGGCGAGACCUAUUGGCCUAUAUAGCUGAGGCAGAUGGCCAAAUGGUGAUAGAAGACAUGUUCAAAAGAAAAGAGGACAACCCAGACUUCUAUUUCGAUUUUGACAUAGACGAAGAAGCACAAUUAACUAGAUUAUUCUGGGUAGACGCACAAUCCCGAAGGAAUUAUGCAUGCUUCGGUGAUGUCAUAUUGUCAUGUCAUUCGACGCUAGAUACAGCACAAACAGGUACAUCUCAGUACAUGUUAGUGUUCGUCCCUGUCACGGGGGUGGAUAACCACAAAAGAUGCAUAACAUUAUGGGCAGGCCUGAUUGCGAAAGAAGAUGUAGAGUCGUAUGAGUGGCUACUAACUAAGUUCAACACUGCAAUGGAAUACGCGCCAAGAUGUAUUAUAACUGACCAAGAUCCUGCACUAAAGAUAGUAGUACCACAAACUAUGCCAACAACAAGGCACCGAUUCUGUAUGUGGCACAUUAUGACAAAAGUGGGGGAAAAGGUAGGGGUUGCCUUGUGGCACAAUCAGGACUUCAAGAAGGCAUUGAAUAGUACCGUAUGGGAUGACAAACUAACCAUAGAUGAAUUCAAGAGAAAAUGGGAAACAAUUAUGAAGGACUACAACCUUAAAGACCAUAGGUGGUUUGCCAAGCUUUACGAGGCGCGUGUAUCAUGGAUACCAGCAUACUUCAAUGACAUAUUAAUGGCAGGACUGCUCAGGACAACAUCAAGAUCAGAAUCAGAAAACAACUAUUUUGGUAAAUUCACAAACCACCACUGCAUCCUAGUAGAAUUCAUGGCGCAAUACAACAGCGCCAUCGGAGAACAAAGACAUAAACAUGCAAGACUAAUUGCAGAAAACGAAGGUUCGUACCCUGAAACUAAAACCCCAUUGAGUAUUGAGAAAAACGCUACUACAGUGUACACUAUAAACAUAUUCUACGAAUUCCAAGAACAUGUAUGGGAAGCCAGUUUCACGUGUGACAUCAUCGACAAACACAACAGAGGGGAUAUAUGGAAGUACACAGUUAAGGACACAAAUGGAAAAAUGUAUGAAGUAACCGAAACCUCACAGGCAAAGGAAAUAGAGUGUGCGUGCAAAAAGUUUAACCGUGUUGGUAUACUAUGCAGGCAUGUGAUGUUGGUGAUGAAGACAAGAGGGUAUGAGUCAAUCCUAGAAAAGUAUAUUGUUCCAUGA